AUGUCUCUGCUGCUAGUCUCGACGGUAGGUGCCUUUGGGAGCCAGGAGUUUAUGGAGAAAAUGUGCGGAGACGCGACGAUUCAAGUGGCCCGGGCGGCGCAGAAGUCAGGUGUGGAACGAUUCGUGUUCGUGUCCAACUCUCGCGUUGGCUCGUGCUACCCGUCGUGGCUACCGUUGUGGAUGGCUAUUACCAUGGAAAAAGAGCGAGCAGAAGCUGUUGUGCAAGCCAGCUUCCCAAGUACAGGGGUGGUACUGCGUCCAGGCUUUAUCUAUGGCUGGCGUCGGACGGCGAAAGGACAAGGCAUCCCACUUCAACUUGUUGGUGCGCCUGUAUCGAUGCUUGCACGCAACCUUGGUGCCGUGUCAACUGCAUUGGGCUAUGUGCCAUUCAUUGGGGAGGAGACGCGGGCUGCUAUUCCUGUUGAUGCAGUUGCGAAGGCGGCAGUGCUCAGUGCUAUCGGUCCCGUCCAAGGACAAACGCUGGACACAACCAAGAUGCUUGAGGUAGCUGCUUCUUUCCACGUCCAUGAGUGA